AUGAACAUCUCUAAAUUGGAUACAUGGCUGAAGAGCAUGAAACCAUUCACUGUCAAUGGCUUCCUCACAAAGUUGGCCACACCUGUCAACCAAAGGGCAGGCAGCAGUGCUCUGGCCAAUCAUCAUGGGCUGGGAGCAUCCUCUCUGAUGAAGUUGCAGCAAAAGCUGAUUAAGCUACAAAGUGACAAAAGGGAGCCUAUUGUCUUCGGUCAUGUGUAUUUUGUAUCUGAGAAAACAAAGAGGCACAGGAUGGUUAGCCUGCUAAUAAGACAUUGGCAAUGCAAAUUGGCAUCACUUCAGGCUUCACAGGAACAGCAAAUGACAAAAGGCCCAGUUAACUCUGAAGAAUAUCCUUGUCAUGGCAGACACAUAAUCUUCCUAGUCUCCUUCACCACAAACCACAUGUCAGUCUUCCCCACUGAGUUGGGCAUCAUCAUGCAAAGUGUAAAAUCUGCAGGUGCCCUAACCAAAGAGGCUGUUGGGGAGAAGAACAUUCCUGUUGAAAACAAUCCUCAUCCAUUAUCAAUACUAAUGGGCGACAAGGCUGAGUACUGGGUCAAUGGCAGUGGCGACCUCCUGCAUCUCAAGCAAUCAAGGCAGGAUAAGAUUGGAACACGUACAUUCAUCGUCUUUGUUCUGGGAUACAGUGUGCUCGAGGGUUGGAAAGACAUGAUUCCAGAUUUCCUGCAUCUCUUCAGCAAAGUCUGA